AUGUUUCCGGCACCGGAUCUGGUUCAUUAUGCGUGCAUUGCCAGGGGCAUCACUGUGUUGGCCGAGUUCAAUUCGAAGGGUGAGAAACUUAGAUCGAUCGCCGAAAAAUGUUUGGAGAAAACGCCGCCGUUUCAUUCCACAUUUUCCCACACAGUCCCGUCCCAAACAUAUACUUUCUUGAUCGAUGACCAGUUUGUUUAUUUUGCGAUUUUUGAUGAAAAACUGGAUAAAUUUGAGGGAUUGGGCUUUCUCAGGAGCGUAAAAAAUGCGUUUGAUAAGUUUUUCCAGGUUGAUCUGGGGAAGAAGAGGUUGGAACGGGUGAGUUCUCAUUGUUUUCAGGGGGAAUUCAAUCCGGUUUUCCAUCGGUUACUGGGUCAGGGACCGGGACCUGGACCUGAACCUGAACCGGAGGUUCCAAGAGGGGAAAGAUUGGAUCAAAGUGGCAGUCUGUAUUCCGAGUCAGGCUAUCUGGGUAUGCCAAAUGGGGAUCCAUCGAUGAAUUUGAAGAAGAAAAUGAAUAGAUUGUUUGGGGAUUUUAAGAUUGGCAGUGGGGGCCUGAAGGGUAAAGGAGGUGUCGAGAAGAAAGUCGACAUUGGGGGUGAAGACGACGAUAGGGGCGGGAUUUUAUUGAGCCGGGAGUAUUCGGUGGCAAUGCAUAAGAAUGGGAUGUACUCCGGUGAAUUGAUGGGAAACCACAACCAUAACAAGGCCAAGAAAUCUGGUUGUGUGUUUGCCGCGGUUUCAAAUGCAUCGAUAGUUGAGUUGAUUCAGGAAAUGACGCAAACUACAUUUUUUUCAGUUAUCUGUGCUGUUCUGCAAUGGCAGUUUGCUUCUGCUUCUGAUGUUCUUUUCCCGAAUUUUACUUUACACUGGAAAGGUUAUGUAACAUGGAUGCCCUGCCCCAGUCCGUCUGUUGUCCCACCUAAGAGAUGA